CUCUCUCUUUUCCUUGCAUAUGUUUCUGUCUUCAUACUCCAAAAUGACCACCUCAUCUCUUCACUCACUCUUUUCUUUUCACCACCUCUCUCUCUCUCUCUCUCCCUCCUUCUCUUACCACCAUUUCUGUCUUCUUCUUCAAUGAUUCAAUCCCACUCUUUCACUAACCACCACAUUAUCACCUUCCUCUAUUGAUUUUUUUUUUCUAGCUUUCUAGUAGUUCUGUUCUCCAAGUCUUCUUCUCCACAAAUUCCACCAUGUCCACCAAACUAACUGUAGAAGUUCUUGAUGCAAGUGACCUUAUGCCCAAAGAUGGCCAAGGCUCUGCUAAUCCUUUUGUACAAGUUAGUUUUGAUGAACAACGACAAAGAACUCAAACCAAGCCCAAAGACCUUAACCCUUACUGGAAUGAGAAGCUUGUUUUCACUGUAAACGAUCCCAGAGAUCUCCCCAGCCAGACCAUUGAGGUUGUUGUUUACCAUGACCGCACAGGUGAAGCUGGCCAUGAAAAGAACUUUCUUGGUCGUGUUAGAAUCUCUGGUGUGUCUGUCCCUUUAUCUGAGUCUGAGGCUAGUGUCCAGCGAUGCCCACUUGAGAAGCGUGGCCUUUUUUCAAAUAUUAAAGGUGAUAUAGCUCUCAAGAUUUAUGCAGUACACGAUGGUAAUUACUAUCCACCUGCUCCUCAACAGCCAAAUGCUGCCAGUAUUGAGACUGAAGCCACCCCUCUCCAAGAAUACAAUACCAACAAGCUUGAAGAAGAUGAUAUGGCUGGUGAGAAGAAGACCAAGAAGAAGGAAAAAGAAGUGAGGACUUUUCACUCUAUAGGGACUGCAGCAGCUAGCGGUGGCCCUGCUCCUGCUCCUGCUCCUGCUCUUGCUACUCCCCCUCCUCCUCCUCCUCCUCCGAUGUCUUCUGGGUUCGGGUUCGAGACUCACCUUAUGAAGGAGAAGGCACCGACAGUGGAGGCAAGAACUGAUUAUGCUCGAGCUGGGCCAGCUACUGUAAUGCAAAUGCAAUUUCCAAAGCCGAAUCCAGAAUUUGCACUGGUGGAGACUAGUCCACCGGUGGCUGCACGCAUGCGAUACAGAGCAGGGGACAAGACGGCGAGUACUUAUGAUUUGGUGGAACAGAUGCGUUACUUGUAUGUGAAUGUGGUGAAGGCUAGAGAUCUUCCUGUUAUGGAUGUUUCUGGGAGUCUUGAUCCAUAUGUGGAAGUGAAGCUUGGGAAUUAUAAAGGAAGGACUAAACACUUGCAGAAGAAUCAGAACCCAGUGUGGAAUCAAAUUUUUGCUUUCUCAAAGGAUAGAAUACAGGCCAAUAUUCUUGAAGUUACAGUGAAGGACAAGGAUCUUGUCAAGGAUGAUUUUGUGGGCAGAGUUUUUUUUGAUCUAUUAGAAGUCCCUCUUCGUGUCCCGCCAGAUAGUCCACUGGCUCCUCAAUGGUAUAAAUUGGUGGACAAGAAGGGUGAUAAGACCAGUAAGGGGGAAAUUAUGCUCGCAGUUUGGAUGGGAACACAGGCUGAUGAAGCAUUUCCUGAGGCAUGGCACAGCGAUGCUCAUGAUAUUGGUCAAACAAACCUGAACAAUACAAGAUCCAAGGUAUAUUUUACGCCGAAAUUGUAUUACCUUCGAGUUCAUGUCAUUGAAGCUCAGGAUCUUUUCCCCUCGGAAAAGGGUCGAAUGCCAGAUGCUUAUGUGAAGGUUCAACUUGGGGGUCAGCUAAGGAUCACUAAACCUCUGCGAACCAUCAAUCCAGUUUGGAAUGAAGAGUUCAUGUUUGUGGCGUCUGAGCCUCUUGAUGAUUUGAUAACUGUGUCUGUUGAGGACAGGGUUGGACCUGGUAAGGAUGAGAACAUGGGAAAGGUUUAUAUACCAGUUAGAGACGUCCCACCAAGAAGAGACCCUAAACUCCCGGAUCCUCGCUGGUGCAAUCUCUUAAAGCCUUCACAAGCAGAGGAAGGCGAGAAGAAGAAAGAAAAAUUCUCGAGUAAGAUUCUACUGUGUCUCUAUUUAGACACAGGUUAUCAUGUUCUUGAUGAGUCUACACAUUUUAGCAGUGAUCUCCAGCCAUCGAACAAGUUCCUGAGGAAGGAAAGAAUUGGAAUUCUUGAACUUGGGAUUCUAAGUGCAAGAAAUUUGCUGCCCUUGAAGAGCAAGGAUGGUAGGACUACUGACGCAUACUGCGUGGCUAAGUACGGCAACAAGUGGGUUCGAACCAGAACGCUUCUUGAUAACCUGCAUCCUCGUUGGAAUGAGCAGUAUACUUGGGAUGUUCAUGAUCCUUGCACUGUGAUCACCAUUGGUGUUUUUGACAAUUGCCACAUUAAUGGAAGCAAAGAGGAUGCAAGGGAUCAGAGAAUUGGGAAGGUGAGAAUUCGUCUUUCGACUUUAGAAAAUGAUCGUAUAUAUACACAUUACUAUCCUCUGCUAGUCCUUCAUCCUUCUGGAUUAAAGAAACAUGGAGAAAUUCAAUUGGCAUUGAGGUUUACCUGCACAGCUUGGGUUAAUAUGAUUACUCAAUAUGGCAAGCCGUUGCUUCCCAAAAUGCACUAUCUUCAACCAAUACCUGUUAUGCUCAUUGAUUGGCUUCGCCACCAAGCAAUACGGAUAAUAGCGGCAAGACUAGGAAGAGCAGAGCCCCCGCUUAGACCUGAAAUUGUGGAGUAUAUGUUGGAUAAGGAUCACAAUAUGUGGAGUUUGAGAAGAAGCAAAGCAAAUUUCGGCCGCAUAAUGAAACUCCUUACAGGGGUUGCAGCUGUCUGUAAAUGGUUCAAUGACAUUUGCACAUGGAGAAAUCCAGUAACAACUUGUCUGGUUUAUGUAGUGUUCUUGAUGCUGGUUUGCUAUCCAGAGUUGAUACUUCCCACAAUCUUCCUCUACCUGUUUGUAAUUGGGAUGUGGAACUAUAGGAUCAGACCACGACAGCCACCUCACAUGGAUAUUCGGCUUUCGCAAGCUGACAAUGUGCAUCCGGAUGAGCUAGAUGAAGAAUUCGACACUUUCCCAACUUCGCGACCAGCUGAUAUUGUGAGGAUGAGAUAUGAUAGGCUGAGAAGUAUUGCAGGCAGAGUACAGACAGUAGUUGGGGAUUUGGCAAGCCAAGGGGAAAGAGCUCAAGCAAUUCUGAGCUGGAGAGACCCAAGGGCUACAGCCAUCUUCAUAAUCUUUUCUUUGAUCUGGGCUGUCUUCAUUUACAUUACUCCGUUCCAGGUUGUGGCUGUACUGGUUGGACUCUACUUGCUGCGACAUCCCAGAUUCAGGAGCAAGAUGCCCUCAGCACCUGUCAACUUCUUCAGGAGAUUGCCAUCCAAAUCAGAUCAGCUACUGUGAGCUGGAAAUUAGUCAAUAAGCCAUUCAUUUGCUUAAUUAUUGUCAAGGAAGAGUGAAUAAGUAAAUAAAUAUCCGUCAAUAUCAUAGGAGCAGAAGACAGAAAAAGCAAGUUACAAUUCCUGCUUCCAUCCUGCACCAACCUGCAAGAGAAUAUCACUUUAGCUAAUUAUGCAUAUCCUACCUUUCUGAAUCUUUUGUAUGGAACCCCAACAUUCUUUUUGGUUCUUUAUUCCAUAUUCUGUAAUAUUGCUGAGCAAUUAUAUAGUGCAUUUUAAGAAA